AUGGUGGCGUUCUCGGCGUGGUACGAUUCAGUUCCACAUUGUACCUUGGUCAGGUACUGCUUGGCGUCGGGUGCAACGUCUUCCGGGAGGUUGUCGAUGAAUUCCGUGAGGUCACCAGAGAAAUCCUGCGUCAACUUCGACGUGACCUACGAGAACACGGUCAUGUUUCCGUUCACACCGUGGUUGAGCAUGAAGUCGACGCCACUGACGGUGGUAUUCUUGAUGUUCUUGCCCUCGCUCGACAGUGGCCAGGCUGUUCCAAUGGCCGCUAGCCACACCAUGAUCUCAUACUCGAAUUCUCUGUCAGGUGUUGAACUGGUGAACAGAUCGUACGCCACGUUAGCCGUCGUUGUAGGCUCGUACUCGUAG